UCCCGAGGCCCCUCCCUCUUCCUCUCUCCUCCUCCUUCCCCCCCGCGGGAGCCCGGCGCCAAACUCAAAGCGCAAGAUGGCGACGGAGAGCCUCUUCAGCCGGUUGGUAGCGGUGCAGGUGAAGUGCCAGGGCUGCGAGGAGAGGCGAAUAAAUGUUCGUGUGAGCAUUGAGCUACAAUCAACUUCAAAUCCCAUUCACAGAAAGGAUUUGGUUGUUCGACUAACUGAGGAUGCUGAUCCCUUUUUCCUAUAUAGUCUUGUUAUUUCUGAGGAAGAUUUUCAAAGCUUAAAACUUCAACAGAGUCUUCUGGUAGAUUUUUCUGCUUUUCCUCAGAGAUUUAUUGAUCUUCUCCAACUCUGUAUCCAAGAACAAAAUAAAGAUAUCCCAAGGUUUUUGUUACAGCUGGUUUCAUCAGGACCUAAUUUAGAACAUGCUCCUUCUUCUUUAAAUGUGGUAGAGACAAACCCAUUUAAGCAUCUUACCCACUUAUCACUAAAAUUCUUACCUGGAAAUGAUGGAGAAAUUAAGAAAUUUUUGGCAACUUGUUUGAAAUGUAUUAAGGAAGAAAAAUUGCUCCUGGAACAAAAACUUAAGAAAACAGAGGAGGAGCUUACUAGGCAGCUGAGCUACACCCAGCAGAGUUUGUCAGAAAAAAGCAGGGAAUUGGACAAGUUAAGAAAUGAAUGGACGUCCAAUACAGCAUCACUAACGAACAAGCAUUCUCAAGAACUGACAAAUGAGAAGGAGAAAGCUCUGCAGGUACAAGCACAGUAUCAACAACAGAAUGAGCAACAGAAAAAGGAUCUGGAACAUUUACAUCACAAAACUGUCCAGCAGCUCCAGAAUAGGCUGAAGGAACUGGAAAUUGCCAACAAGGACCUAACAGAAAGGAGAUACAAGGGUGAUUCUACAGUCAGAGAACUUAAAGCGAAACUCUCCGGCAUAGAAGAUGAAUGCCAGAGAGCAAAGCAAGAAGUUCUGUCACUGCGUCGAGAGAAUGCUACCUUGGAUGGCGAAUGCCAUGAAAAGGAGAAACAAGUUAAUCAGCUGCAGACCCGGGUUGCGGUUUUAGAACAAGAGAUCAAAGAUAAGGAUCAGCUAGUUAUUAGGACAAAAGAAGUACUUGAUGCAACACAAGAGCAAAAGGCAAUCCUGGAAGAAAAUACAGAAAAGAAACAAAUUCAAAUAGGAAAACUAGAAGCAACACUGAAGUCAUUAUCAACUGAACUACUUAAGGCCAAUGAAAUAAUAAAGAAAUUGCAAGGAGAUGUAAAAGCUCUAAUGAGUAAAUUGAAACUGAAAAAUACAGUGACAAUUCAACAAGAAAAGCUCUUGGCUGAAAAAGAACAACUACUACAGAAAGAGCAAAAGGAGCUACAGAAGGCAGAAGGUUCUUGUCGAGAAAAAGAGCAAGAGGUGUGCAAGUUGCAAGAGCAAUUGGAAACUACAGUGCAGAAACUGGAAGAAAGCAAGCAGCUUCUCAAAACCAAUGAAAACGUCAUCACAUGGCUAAACAAGCAACUGAAUGAAAUUCAGGUGACGAGGAAGCAAGAAGUGUUAGGAACAUCUACUCCUCCCAGCAACACUGUCUCAAGAACUGGCAUUUCACUUCACAACAUGGUUGACAGCAGAAUCCCCUUUUUGAACUCGGGACUGAGCUAUCCUAUCUCUCCGCUGCUAGCUUUUCAAAGCUUCCCAGAUACGACUGUCAAAAGUGCCAACCAGCAACCUUCGGGAGCAAAGGUUCACUUCAAUAUGCAGCUUCCAGAAGCAAACAGAUGUACAGAUACGAAACCAGUUCUUACUGCGAUGAGUCAUCCAACAAAUAAAGAAAAUGGUGAAACCUUGGGAUUGGAAGCAAAGUAUCUGAAGAAAAGAGAAGACAGCAUUCCUUUACGAGGGCUCAACCAAAACACAUCUCACAACACAGGGCUUCUGAAGUCAUCUGCACUGAAAAAAACUCACAUACCAUCCAAAGCUGCAUCACCUCCCACAGCCUCUGCUUACUUCCCUGGAUAGCAGACAACGUAUUCAUGAUAGCAAAAUGUUAACUGGCAGUUGUGGAUAUUUGAGGGUUAUAAUUUACAUAUACUAAUUUUCUCUUUCAAAUAGCAAAAUAUAAUCGUCAACAUUCAAUUGCUGUAAGUAACUACGAAAUACUUGAAGUCUCUCGGGACACAUUCUGAUCUAAAAGGUUAAUGUUUCUUAGGUUUAUUUUUUACAGCUUCAUCUUAUGUGAAUAAUAGAAUUUUCCCAGUUAUUGCCCUGUGAAAGCUAUACCCAAGUACAGCACCAAUGGGAGCAUGCUGGCAAGCCUUGCUCCUCCACUGUUAAACUACCACCACUCUCCAUGGAUACAGCUUUUGUCUGCAAAGACAAAUGCUGUACAUCUAAGGAGUAAUAUUUCCUGUGAUUGAGAAUGCUGGUUGCCUAGUAAUUCUGAUUCUCUCAUCAUAGACAGUACAGUACAGUAUUUGCCAAGAAAUGCUGUUAUCGAUGGAGAGUGGGGCGGGUUAAGACCACACCUGUGCAGGGGACUGGGGUUGCCAGCAUGCUAGUCCCUUGUUUUAUGACUUCCAACACUGAAGGGCUAUAAUGGGUUAUUGAGUAAAUAUGAGUGUAUGUUCUUUGUAUAGACGGGAACCUAGCUUAAUUAUUUAAAUAAGGUGCAGUGGCCAGCAAGAAGGGUUUGCUGUUUGUCCAAAUGCUGUGGCAUACUUGCUUUAGAAGUGUCUUGUAUGAUGCAGAUCUUGGAAAUGCAAAAUGCCUUUGUGAGAGUGCAUCAUAGCCGUCUUCUGUGAAAUCUACAAGAAUUGCACUUCUGGCUGUAAAUCCUAAAUACAAUUGCCACCAGCUCCAAGUUUAUUAGUUUAAAUAUUUUCACAAAUAUGCUAAAGAUGAUUUCUCAUUUUAAAAGACAUUCUUAAGUAUUAGUAAUCUUGGCGAUAUUUCUGUGGUUUUGAAAAUUGGAUAAAUGGCACCACGAUGUAGCCAGAACACCCGAGACUAGCUGUUUUACCAUGUGAUGGCACCAUUUGCACAAUUCCUAACCACAGAUAGCUAGCAAAUAUUCCAGCUGUAAGAAUGUUCAUAUGUUUGUUUGACUCUAGAGUUUCUUUGCAAUCGUUUUAGAUUUGUUAUAGAUUUCAACAUAUAUAUAUAUAGAGAGAGAGAGAGAGAGAGUUUGGUAAUGAGUCCCGCCAGUUUCGGUGGCACUUCCAGGUAAUGUGGUUUAGGACUGUAGUGUUGGCAAGUGCCAUGAAUGCAUAUUACUUCUGAGUGUAUUUGAUUACAUCAGAAUAAGCAAGGAUUACUGGUUCUCACCAGGUUAUAAAAUACAUGAAUUAAGCAUCAUGGAAUUGAGACCUGACAAUACUGAAUAAUGCACUCGGGACUAUACUCGCCAGGUUUUCCUAAACGUCACAAUAUUAAAGGUUUCCUUAACAUUUUGAAAUGGUCUGUAGUGUGACUACUGCUGGGAUAUGUUUAACAUAUUAUUCUAAGUUACUUUCCAGCAUUUGAAUCAAAAUACUGGAAAAAGUAAUCCUACUGCUGCUAUUCGAGUGUGUCUUCAGUUUUUAACACUAGAAUGUUAGUAGUUUUAAAGCUGUGACAUUGUAUAAGUGAGUUUUAAGACUAUUUUGUAAUCAUUUCACUAUACACUCUAUGAAAUGGUGUGCAGUACACCAGUAACCACUUCCAUAUACAUCCCUCUGAAAUGAAUGAGAAUUCAGUAAGAAUUGAUGCGGUUCCAGCCAAAGUUAAUGGGAGAGAUUUAAGCACAUAUUUAACUCUUCCCCCUUAAAUCUGUGGUAAUUGAAAAUGCAGCUGUGGCUCGAUCAUGCCCACAGUCUUAUUCUUGUAUAAUUCCCAUUGAUUUCAGUGGGACCUGGUUAUGCUUAUGUCAGUCCUUAAGGUCUGAUAUGAACAUCUUAAAAGAUUCAUCAAGUAUAUAUUUUGAUCAGCAUCUCAUUAUCUAUUUUGAACUUUGCAUUACUAUGCAGUUCAAAUUUGGAAGCAACAUUAGAUGUUUAGAUUCAAGUUUUUUGAAAAUGGCAAGUCGGCUGUACUAGAAUUGUAACUCUGCUUGAUGUGUGUUGAGUGGCUUCCUUUUCCCCCCUUGCACAUUAAUGACAAAGUUGUGAUCUUGUAUAUUAAAGUAUAUAAAUACAACUGAAAAUCAUUUGAGAUUUGAAUAUGUACAGGCUGAAUCAUUUUUCUUGCAGUGUAAAAUGUGUACAUUUGUUUAUAAUCUGAAUGCAGUGUUCGUAUAUCUAAAUGUGAAUUGUUUUUAGUACAUUUUCAAAUAAAAUGAAUUUAUUUCCUUUUU